UUCAGGCGGUUCACAACGAAUUUACAUUACAUCUACACUUUACUCCUAUUCCGCGGUCGUUUCACUUUUACCAGGGGUAGAAUUUGUUUUAUCCGAGGUCGAGAGGAAUUUAAUUUAUUUGUUCCAUAUUUAGUUCACGGGGAUUAUUUGUUAAGAUUUAUAUUCGGACGGUUUGAAUUAUUUUUCACCACCAACAGCGGGACAGCACGAGCGAGCGACGGGGACCGGAGCUGAGAGAGAGACACGUCUUGUGCUGAAUAAAACCUCAAGAGCUCGAGAUACAGAAUGGACAUUAUUACCAAAGGAUGGCACUAUAAAUGUCUCCUAACUUUGCAUUACUUUGCACCCAGUUCGUGAGAAAUAACAUAAACAAUAUUUAUAUUUAAUCCAUAUUUAUGUUGACCUCUGCUAUUUAAAUGUUUCUGUCUUCAAAUGGCUAAAUGGACUGUGCGCUGAAAGCUGAUGCAGUUAUAUGAUUCGAUGUUUUAUUUGAUUUUGAUUCGAUGUAUUAGAAUCCCCAUUAGCCGACGCCAAUGGCAACAGCUCUAAACUGCGCUAUCAUUGGCCUGUGAGUCAAUUCAAACGAACAAUUACAAUAUAUUAUAUAUAUUGAUAUAUAUAUAUUAUAUUUUAGUCCAUUUUAGAGACGUUUUAACAUUGUAUUAAAUUUCCUUGUGUUGUUGUCGGAUUGUGCGUUCUCCUUGAGCGCCCUGAACGGAAGAAUCUAAACACACAUCCACCGGGGAUUAUAGCCUCUUCGCAUGAUGACGCCUCUCAGCUGAGACCGGGACCUUUACGUUAAAACCUAGGACCCAGGACCAGAGCCUACCAGUACGACUGUGAGCCCGGAGCCGAAACAUGAGGGCGUCUGGCAGGGUGAUCUUCUGGCUCCUCUCGGCGGUGUGUUCGCUCUCCAGGUCUCGGACGGCCACUCUGGGCAGUGUUAGAGAUCUGGACGCCAUGUUGGGGCCGCAACAGUUCAGGGGCGUGGCCAACUUUAGCACAUUCCUAUUGGACCGUUCGUCUGGCGUUCUCUUCCUGGGUGCGAGAGAUGCCAUACUGGCCGUGGACACCAACAACCUGACAAAGCCACCACGCACGAUUGUGUGGGAUGUUCCCGAGGAGAAGAGGAAGUCCUGUGUGGCCAAGGGAAAGACAGAGGGCGACUGUAAUAACUACCUCCGUCUGUUGGAGUUUCUUGGAAACGGGUGGAUAUACGUCUGUGGAACCUAUGCUUUUGACCCCCAGUGUGCCUUCCUGAACAUGUCUUCCUUCUCUUUGGAGCGGGGGGAGGAUGGAGGGGUGAGGAUGGAGACUGGGAAAGGGAAAUGCCCCUUUGAGCCCAGCCAGCACUAUACAGCUGUUAUGGCAGGAGGUAUCUUGUACACGGCCGCCACGAGUAACUUCCUGGGAACGUUGUUCGAUAUCUCCCGGGCAACCGGACAGGAGCAGGAACGUAUCCGUACCGAGAGAUCCAUCAACUGGCUCAGUGACCCAGAGUUUGUGUCGUCGGUGUUCAUACAACAGGAUGAAGACAACAACCCACAGGGUGAAGACAACAAGAUCUACUUCUUCUUUACUGAGGUCGCCAAGGAGUACGACCUCUACACUAAGGUCAAAGUUCCCAGGGUCGCACGUGUCUGCAAGUCUGAUGUAGGCGGUAUGAAGACGUUACAGAGGCGUUGGACCACCUUCCUCAAGGCUCAGUUGGUGUGUGAGGACAGAGCCAGCGGACAGCGUUACAACAUACUGACUGAUGUCUACACAAAACAACACACAUCUGGAGACCCUAGCUCUACACACUUCUAUGGUCUCUUCACAUCUCAGUGGGAGCAUGAGGAGUUGUCAGCGGUGUGUGUCUACAGUCUGGCUGACAUCAGUAAAGUGAUGGACGGACCCUUUAAGGAACUGAAGAAGACCUGUGAGAACUGGAUCAACCCAGAACCAGUACCAACACCUAGACCUGGACAGUGUCUGAACAGUGCUCUGAGAGCGGAGGGCUUCGAGUCUUCUCUCAAGCUGCCGGACAAGGUGUUGACGUUUAUGAGAGACCACCCUCUGAUGGAGAACAACGUGAUCGCAGCGCCUCUACUGGUGAGGAGGGGCAUCACGUACACUAAAGUAGCUGUUACCAGGACGACCACGGGGUCGGACGAUGAUCAGAGAAACGCAGCCACCGUGCUGCACCUGGGAACAGAUCGUGGGGAGCUCCAUAGAGUACUGGUGGUAGGACACAUCACUACACUACUACAGGAGAUACCUCUCUUCUCUGCACAGGAACCUGUCAACAACAUACUGCUACACAAGGGGCAGGCUCUAGUAGGUAGCCCCCUAUCCCUGGCCCGUGUGGGGGCAGAGGGAUGCAGCCUUUACCCCAGCUGUGAGGUGUGUGCCCGGGCCAGACCCCUGGGGUGUGUCUGGCGGGCCAAAGAGGGAGCCUGUGGCCCUGGCAUGACAGAGCCCAUCCAGGGACAGGAGGUUGAAGAUGCUCUGAAGCUGUGUGACAGCGGAGAAGGUCGUUGUUCCCCUGUCCUGCGAGAGCUGCGUGUCUCUGUGGGUCUCCAUGUUCUGCUACCCUGUGUCCAGGUGUCAACACGCCCCUGUACCUGGGAACACCCGCCACACAGACACACCCGUCAACAUCACUCUGACCUGGAGGUCACUGUCACAGAGGAAAGCCUGGGGACAUACACCUGUCUAUGUCAGGAGGGUGGACCAGAGGGUAAGGAGGAGAGUCCUGUCUGUCGCAGAGCAUCCUACCAUCUCACCCUGGAGGGUCCCAGCGCUGGGGGGGCCAUGGCGAUGGCUGGAGGACGUCACCUACUGGCCAUCUACAUGCUCUGCUUCAUCCUGGGCGUCGCCCUCGGAGGCUUCCUUCUCUACUUCUUGUCCCGCCGACGCGUGAUUGGCCAGCGCCACCCAGACCACUCCCUUUCCUCGGAGAAAGGGCAGGACUUGCUGGGCUCCUCGGCAACACCGCAGUCACCUAGCAGCGGCAGUUUGCUGUCGGAGGGGUUCCCAUUAACGGAGAAGAGAGGAAAUGGAACACUGCUACUGACACACCAGCACGGCAACGGCAACGGUGGUCACCACGGCAACGCCGGCUACGCCAACAACGCUAACUGUAACGUGCAGACGGCAGCGAGCGCUGUGAAUGGGCUGAAGCUUCACGUUCAGGAGAUGGUGACGGACGAGAGGAGGGGGGGAGAGAGAGAGAGGAGGAGGCCGGAGGGAGGACAGGGGGAUGAGGAGGACGAGGGGCUAGGGGAGGGGUUGGGGGGAAUUGAGGAGGAGUUAGCAGGGUUUGCGUUGUUUAAGUUACCAGCACCAUUAGCCCAGUGUGAGGAGAGUUCAAUCUGAUACACGGUGAUAGAGGCAUGACCAAGAUACACGAGUUGAGAAAAGAGACACAUAGUUUGCGUCCCAAAGGCCACCCUGGUUCAUGAGCACUGCACUAUAUAGAGAAUAUUGUGCCAUUUGAAAAGAGAGACAUUACUGAGCUCUUCUCUUGUCUAUUGCUGAACACAGACGAAACAGGGAUGAAAAGAGAGACAUUACUGAGCUCUUCUCUGUCUAUUGCUGAACACAGACGAAACAGGGAUGAAAAGAGAGACAUGACUGAGCUCUUCUCUGUCUAUUGCUGAACACAGACGAAACAGGGAUGAAAAGAGAGACAUUACUGAGCUCUUCUCUGUCUAUUGCUGAACACAGACGAAACAGGGAUGAAAAGAGAGACAUGACUGAGCUCUUCUCUGUCUAUUGCUGAACACAGACGAAACAGGGAUGAAAAGAGAGACAUUACUGAGCUCUUCUCUGUCUAUUGCUGAACACAGACGAAACAGGGAUGAAAAGAGAGACAUGACUGAGCUCUUCUCUGUCUAUUGCUGAACUCAGACGAAACAGGGAUGAAAAGAGAGACAUUACUGAGCUCUUCUCUGUCUAUUGCUGAACACAGACAAAACAGGGAUGAAAAGAGA